CACCACAGCUCCUCACACCUCCUCACUAACACUAACAGCUCCUGUCCUGGAGUCACUCCUCAGACCAGACUCCUUUAGGCUCAGCUAGGAGCUACACCUGGACCAGGACCUGGACCUGGACCCGGACCUGGAGGAGGACGGGUCCUGGUCUCUGAUCUGAAGAAAUGUCGCCACCUGCUGGGCCUCAACAACAGGCUCCAUGGAAACGGAGUCAAACACGGAAGUUCACGUCUAGUGCCCGGCUGCAGUCUCCCCAGGUGAGGCUACGGGAUGCCCCGGUUCCAGGAGGUGGAGGCGGUCACCGCUGACGAUGGUGUGGUUGCUAAGCGAUACAGCAUCCUGCGGAGUCUGGGCCGAGGAAGCUUCGGUUCAGUUUAUCUGGUCCGGGACCUGAAAGCCUCAGAUGGAGAAGAUCUGAAGGUGUUGAAGCAGAUUUUCCUCGGCGACCUUCAACCCAACGAGACGGUUCGAGCCACUCAGGAGGCCCAGCUCCUCUCUCAGCUGCACCACCCGGCCAUCCUCACCUUCUACCACAGCUUCCUGGAGAGAGACGCCUUCUGCAUCAUCACUGAGUACUGCCAGGACCGGGACCUGGACUGGAAGCUGGAGGAGCUGAGACGAGCUGGGCGGAGCCUCCCUGAAAGCCAGGUCAUCGAUUGGCUCAUCCAGCUGCUGCUCGGUCUUCACUACAUGCACGAAAGGCGGAUCCUCCAUCGAGACCUGAAGGCCAAGAACGUCUUCCUAAAGAGAAACCUCAUUAAAAUCGGGGAUUUCGGUGUUUCCUGUCUGCUAAUGGGAUCAUGUGACCUGGCGACCACCUUCACAGGAACUCCAUUCUACAUGAGUCCAGAAGUCCUGAACCACCAGGGCUAUAACUCCAAGUCUGACAUCUGGGCUCUGGGCUGCCUCGUCUAUGAGAUGUGCUGUCUGACCCAUGCCUUCCAAGGCCCCAGCUUCCUGUCGGUGGUGAUGAAGAUCAUGGAGGGAGAAACCCCAUCAUUGCCCCCCUCAUACUCCCAGGACCUGAACUCUGUCAUGGAGAGGAUGCUGCAGAAACAACCGUCCUCCAGACCAUCGGCUGCUGAGAUCCUCAAGAGCAGAUUCAUGGAGGAAAACAUGCAGAAAAUGAAGGACAGAUUCGUCUUCGUUUCCUCAGGAGGAGAGAGGGAUGCAGAGGCCAUCGCCAAGAACAUGCAGACGAAGUUUCACCUGCAGACGCUGAGGGACAGGUCAGAGGUCGAGAAGAUGACGCCCAGAGAGAGGAUGAGGCUACGCAAACUACAGGCAGCCGACGAAAAAGCCACAAGGCUCAGAAAACUGGCAGAGGACAAAUACAAGGAGAUCCAGUCCCGCAGGACAGAACUGAGGAGCCGCCAUUUUGAAAAAGUCGGUCUGGACGUUUUUACUGACGGAGCCUGUCAGAGUCAGCCAAUCAGUGGCCAGGUUAACAGGAACACUGGAGGGUCGCAGCCAAUCCUGACGCAGGACAUGUCCGAAGCAGGACUACAUGAUAUCCCAGAGGACCCUCAGACCGCAGAGGUUUAUUACAACCAGGACAGUUUUGACUCGUGUUCAGAGGACGAAGAGACGUCGUCUCCUGCUGAAUCUCUUUACCUGUCUGAGCCCCAGGUCAGAGAGCUGGAGGCCAUGAUGAAGCACAUGCAGAAGGUUCUGGAAGAGGAGCUGAGCGGAGACCCUGGAGAACCAGAGGCUCCUCCAGGACCAGAAGGGCCCCCAAAGAUCAACGGGAGCCUCCUUGAGACCAAAGUCCUGCACCUGAGAGAGUCUCUAUGUCGACGUCUGGGUCCGGAGGUUUUCCAGAAGCUGUAUGAGAACCUGAAGGAGAGCCGGCUGGAUGCUGGCGCUGCAGCUCUGAACCCGGACCACCGACCUGAUGAUGCUUCUUUUCAGGUGGACCAGCUGCUGUUUUAUGAAGAAGAGCUGCAGAGGUUCAGGAAAGAGACUGAGGAUGGAGCACUGGUCUGAAAACACUUCACACAUCAACACCUGAGCUACAACACAUGUUGCUUUACUUAUUUUGAAUUUUAUGUCAGAAAAUGUCCUGUCAGAGCUUCCAGAAUACCUGGACCUUUCAAUAUCUGGCAGUUAUUUACAAUUUACUCCAUGUUAUAAGAGAGUAAAAACCUUCAGGGAGAGCUGCAAGUGAAAUUAACAUAAUAACCUCACAUUGUCCCAGCUUUCAGAAACUGUUGGGAGUUUCCCAAAACAUGCCCCCGGCGACAUGUGUGGUUUUCAUUUGUUCAUUCAUUCAUUUACUGUAACUACUUGGUGAGAGGCUGGGUCCACCCUGGACAGGUGUACAGUAUAUCUCAAGGCUAACUCUUCAAUUUAUAGUCACCAAUUAGCCUGGUGAGCUUGUCUUUGGAUGUCAGAGUACUUGGAGAAAACCCAUGCAGACACAGGGAGCACAUGUUUCACCCAGAAAGGCCCCAGUCGGCUCAUGGAUUAGAAACCAGAACCGUCUUGUUGUGAAGCAUCAAUUAUUCAGUUGUGAUAAACUCAUUUAGUUCAUCCAUCCAACAUUCAGUCCAGACGACUCUCUGGCUCUAUGGAGUUCCUUCUUUAAAGCCAUCACAGCUUGUUUACAUCAUCGCAUUGACAACGUCAUCAUUAAAUUGCACUGGAACACUGCAGGGAAACAAGCAUGGACGUCAAUGUUAGCGUUGUUGUGUCAUGCAUUGAAAUUUUGCCCCUUUUGCAAAGUUUACAGCGCAAACUGGAAAAUGUUCGAGUGCUGCCAUGUUCAAUAAUAAAUGUGUCCCUAUCAUAUCACUGUAAAAUCUGUAUAUAAACACAGUUCAUGUCAGGAUUCUCUGAUCUGUGAGGUUUCUGUGGGACGUGUUCUAC